AUGUCUGACAAUCUACCAAAGGACGUUCAAGUUAUCCUCUGCGACAUGUGCACAGAGGAGGACAGGAAACCAGCACGGAAGACCUGCAUGAAAUGUGAGAUCUCCAUGUGUGUCCAGCACCUCCAGAUCCAUCUGACCACUCCUGUGUUACUACAAACCCAUCCUCUGACCGAACCAAUGGCGUUAUCUGGUACUACUAAAUGCCCCCAACAUGGCAAACUCCUGGAGUACUACUGCUUGGAUGACAUGACCUGUGUGUGUGUUUCCUGCGCCAUUGAAGACCAGCACCGCAUUCACAACAUGAAGACGUUCACCACGGCCCACAAGGAGCUCACAGAGAAGCUGAACGCAGAGCAGCAGGGUCUACUGGUGAAAACCGAUGAUGUGAAUGUGAGUUUGGAGAAGUGGGAGAAGAGUGAAAGAGAGAAAAUUAGUGGCUCCAGUGUGCGUCUCGUUGAAGCUGUGACCAGCCUGCGUGAUAUCGCCCUGACCAGCGUCCAGAGUUCAGUCUCUGCCCGUAUGGUGUCCAUCAAAACCAGCAAGAGCAGCAUACAAGCAGCACAGACGGAGAAGGACACCUUCAGAUUCCUGCAGAUGUAUUCUCAGGUGCAUCAGGAUGUGGAGAAGGCCAAGGCUGCGGAUCUGAGAAAAGGGUUGGAGCCUGGCAGUGACCGAGACAAACUGGUUCAGGAGAUAAGAGAGAAUGGUGAAAAAAUGGUGAAGCAAGCCAGCCACUUCUGGGGAUCCCUGUUGACCCUGGUUGACCCAGAGAACCAUCAGGAGCUCAUUGCUACUGGUUCAGACCUGAUCUUUGACCCCCAGAUUUUCGGCCGUGGCAUGUCACUUUCCAAAGACAAAAGGAAGGUUUUCAACAGCAGUUCGCAAGAGCAAUGUGCUGCCACUCUUCUGAUCGGUAGCACCCUGCCAACUCCAAACUUCCAGAGGUGGAUGGUCAGUUUUUCCCAGGACUCUGACUGGACUGUUGGUUUAUGUGACAAACAGUCUGCUAAAGACUUACUGAAUGGACCGGUCUAUGGUCUGUGCUGCCAAGAUGGUAAGCUCAGCUCUCUCACAACAGAGAAUGAGGAUUCUUCUGAUGCGUCAGUCAGUUUCACAGGGCUGCAGACACCGACCAGAACCAGAGAAACGGAAAAAACACAGACGUUUUCUCUGCAAUACUCACACAAAGUGGAGAUGAGGCACCACGCCCUGAAGCAGUGGAAGUGUAUUGGAACUUUGUUGCCUCCUCGCUGUCCUUCUUCAGCAGAACUGGACAGCACCAGAGGGAAGAAAUAAUAACAAUAAAGGCGAUCCCCAGCAACUGGGAGCUGGCACCCUUUGUAAAAGUAGGAAACAAAAACGCCCCAAAUAUCCAACAGAACCCAUGGCUAUGCACAUGU